CGCUGCCCAUCACCCACUCCCCGCCACUCCCUCCCCAUCUCACCCACCCAUUCGUUUGGACUCUACAGUAGUCGUGCUUGCUUUCGCCCAGGGAUCCCCUCACGUGCCCACCACCGACAACCUUGGUACAACAAGAAUCCUAGCCUGUGGCGUCGAGCCUCCUGUCUGGUUACACUCAGCCACCCGGAGAACCACCGAAAGCCGUUUUUUCCCUUUUUGCCCCCCCCGACGAGGACACUCGCAUUCACCCUCGCUUUUGUUGUACCACACACACACCUCGCAGACGACCACGAUGCGCUCUUUCUACCAGGUGGCCGUCUUGGCACUACCCUUGCUCAGCCUCGCCCGAGCUGCCGAGGUCAAGAAACAGGCCGAACUCCAAAAGCCCAUAUACGCGAGUGCCCAGGAAGCCUUCCAGGACCUGCUGAAUGCCCUGCCUGAGGAAUCCCUGCAUGCAGCCCUGAGCGGCCUCAAGGACUUCAAGAAUGGCGUCUUCGAGUCGUAUCACCGCGGCGUCGAGCACGUCCACCACAACAACCCGGAGCUGGCCACCAAGCUGAUCGUCGACGCGGUCAACGACUUGAAGAAGAGGCAGACGCCCUCCAACGGCACCCUUCCCGCUACCGACAGCUCGGCCCCUGCGUCUACGCCUACGCCUACGCCAACACCAACCCCCAGCCAGAACUCACCACCGCCUGCCCAGUCAAGCAGCCCUGCCCCGUCCCCCGGCACCAGCCAGCCGCCUCCGGACACGACUACCACCCAGACUACCACCCAGCGCCCAGCCAUCAUCCCUGUCGUAGCCACCGUGACAAAAGACGGCACCACUAUCGUGCAGACCACCGAGGUCCUCAGCCAAGUAACCGCCUCGGUCGCCGUCACCGUCGUCCAGACCAACUCGCAAGGCAAGACGAUAACCACGACCGAGAACAAGCCUGCCGUCAUCAAGACAACAACCGACAAGGACGGCCGCACAACCGUCACCACGUCGGCUGCAAACUACGCCCCAACGGCCGGACAGGUGCAGACCACGACCAACCAGCAAGGCUCCGUUUUCGUCACCACCUACACGCCUGGCGGCGGUCUCGUCAGCAGCAUCAAGCUCAUUACCACGACAGAUGCCCAAGGCCAGCAGAGCACAUUGACGUCGUACGAGUUCGUGGACCCUGUUCAGCCCACGGCUACCUCCAACAACGAUAGGCCCACUGGUUCACGCCCCGAUGGGCCCUCUCUGCAAACCGGUGCUGCCGUGAAGAAUCAAGUCCAAUAUGCUGCCCUUGGUCUUGGAGCCAUGGCCUUGUUCUUCUAA